GGCUAUAAAUGUGUGGGAGCGCUGCACGAAAUCCCGGUGUUACAGAACGGCUACAGGGGGGAGUAGAUAUCGAGGGGGUCUCUCUCUCUCUCUCUCUCUCUCUCUCUCUCUCUCUCUCUCUCUCUCCCACCCAUCUAUUUAUCACCCAUUGCCCCCCCUCCCCCCCCCCACCCACCCCUAUCCGUCCCCGUUAUACGUUUAUUUUACCAUUGUGUUCUUGCUUUGGAAAGUCGUCCCCAAUUUUAUGCCUAUUUUGCCACCAGCUAUGGUUUGCCAGACGAAGAUCGUGGCCGACGAGGAGAUGUCGGGCCCAAAAAGCGACCCGAUCGUCUCUUCCAGCCAGAUGUGGCCGCCGCCGCCGGCCGCUCAGCCGCCCGCCGGCACCUCCUCGCCCGCGGCCCCGCUGGAAGCCGCGGCCGCCGGAGACCCGCGUCGGAAGAGGGACGCGGUCUUCAUUCGGGAAUUCGAGCACAGCGACCGGGAGAGCGUACGACGGAUCUUCUACGAGGGCAUCAUGGAGAGAAUUCCUAACACGGCCUUCAGAGGGUUAAAACAACAACCCAGGAUCAUUCUCCUCUACUUGAGCUUGACCGUAAUGUGCUUUUAUCUGACGGAAUCCUUGCUGCUGAUCUGCUGUGUGCCCAUUUUACUGUUGGGCUCCAGAUACCACUACAGUAGGAAAGUUAUCGUCAGCUAUCUUGAGUGCGCACUGCAAACCGACAUGUCAGAUAUUGAGCAAUAUUACAUGAAACCGGCAGGCUCCUGUUUCUGGGUGGCGGUCCUGGACGGGAACGUGGUGGGCAUCGUGGCGGCCAGGGGCAACGAGGAGGACAACACGGUGGAACUGUGCCGCAUGUCGGUGGACUUUGACCAGCGGGGGAAGGGCAUCGCCAAGGCGCUGGGCCGCAAGGUGCUGGAGUUCGCCGUGCUCAACAACUACUCGGCGGUGGUGCUGGGCACCACGGCCGUCAAGAUGGCCGCCCACAAGCUGUACGAGUCGCUGGGCUUCAGGCGGGUGGGCGUUACUGACCACUACGUGCUGCCGGGGAUGACACUCUCCGCGCUGGAGAAGGUCUUCUUCCAAGUGCGUUAUCAUCGUUACCGGCUGCACUUACGCGAGGAGUGAUCUGCCCUCGACCUUCAAACGCCCCCUCCACCUUGCACCAGCGUACCAAUUCCUUGGUUUCCUUCCCUUCGUGGUUUUCUUUUCUCCUUGUCUCCCAUCCCCCUCCACCCUCCUCCCCGUUUCCAGUCUUUUUACUGACAAGAGCGUUCGCUAUCCUUACCCCCACACACACACACAGACGGUCGGUCGGGGGUCCCUACCCGUGGUGACCGGGCGCACCUCUAACCCCGAGCCCGCCCGCGGUGGAUGUGGAUGUGGAUGUGGUAACUAGUACUGCAGGGGUGUCUCCUGUGUGUGUGGGAGGGAGGGUUGGGAAUUAGAACCAUAGAGCUGUACAGCAUGAUAACUGGGCCUACUUCGGCUCACCUUGUCCAUGCCGACCUAGUUGGUAUAUUGGGCUAGUCUCAAUUGCUUGGAUUUGGCCCAUAUCCCUUCUAUUUAGCCCAUAUCCCUUCCUAUUCCAUGUCUCACUCUAAACCCUUCCUAUCCAUGUAUCCUUCAAAACCCAUCCCUAUAUCCUACAUAAAACCUAUCCAUUUAUCCCUCUAAAACUUCCCUAUCCAUAAAUCCCUCCAGUCCCUCUCUGACCAUACAUCCUUCUCAACCCUUUUCUUUCCAUAAACCCAUCUUUUUAAUUGACCCAAUUGGGAAUAGAUCCUUCCAUGUGUAUUCAAUGUCAGCCCAGCUCCCUUCCAUUGCCCCCCCCCCCCACAAUCUAGCACCCUGCUUAAUUUAACCCCCUUCAUGGUCAGCACUAUUGUUAACGUUAGAUUCUUGGUCGAUCAAAUUAUUGUUUGUGGCAAAGAAACAAAACCCGUAAUACCUGCCUGGCUCGUCCCUGCUUCUUGAGGUGUGCAGGGCCAAAGCCAGUGACCUGAAGCAAGGCCACUCCUGGCCUUGGGAACUUGUCCAUGGGUCUGAAUGGGCAAAGCUUCAAAAAUAAGAUAACUGCUUGGAUGUACCACAAUCUGGGAGAGAGAGAGAGAGAGAGAGACAGAGAGACAGAGAGACAGAGAGAGAGAGAGAGAGAGAGAGAGAGAGAGAGAGAGAGAGAGAGAGAGAGAGAGAGAGAGAGAGAGAGAGAGACAGAGAGAGAGAGAGAGAGAGAGAGAGAGAGAGAGAGAGAGAGAGAGAGAGAGAGAGAGGGAGAGGGAGAGAGAGGAGGGGGGAGAGGGAGGGAAAUCCGAUGCAUCCAAAAACCACUGACUCUUAUUUCCAUUGUCUUGACAAGCAAGCAAGAUUCAAUCAGUUGCCGACCUCAUGUAGCAUAUUGUAAACUAAACAUUUCAUUUGCCUUCCUCCUGCCUUCUCCCCCAUUCCACCCUCGUCCCCUUUCCCUCCUCCACUGUACACAGGUUGAACCCUUUGCAUGUGCUCUGGAAUAUCUAUGCUGCUUUUGAGUUUAAUUUCUUUGUCUCUCCAUGAACCGUCUUACUACUGCUUGCGCUGAGUGAUGUCAUUUGAGCAGAUGGAGGCUGUGGUUUCUAUGGAAAUCCAUGUCCUCUCUCCACCGACGCUCACACCCUCCCCACCACUACCAUCAACGAUAAAGGCAGAGUCCAAAAAUAGCAAGUAGGAGAGAGAGGAAAAACGACUCUUGCAAAAAAAAAGGAAAAAAAAAAUCCACAUGCUAUUACAACUCAAACAA